GCAGCCGGAGCACAAAUCCCGGAGCAGCUGCUGCUCCCCCCGUGGGGUCCGUGCGGGGGCGGGGAGCCCGGGAUUAACCCCUCCCUGCCCGGCCGGGGGGGCUUUCCCCAGCUGAGACCAGCCCCGGGCCGCAGGUGUUGCGAUGGAAAGUGAGAACGAGAAGCAGACUCCUCGGGAGGAAGAUGCUGGGUCAGUGGAAACACAGGGGGUAUCACUGCAAAAAUCCAAAGGGAAGGUGCCCGUGAGUCAUGACCAGGGAAAUGCCUGUGAGAAACAGCUUAGACCAGAGAGGCAGAAGGGAAACAAGCCAGGGAAGAGAGGGGGUAAAUCCAUCCAUUGUUGGGAAACGCACAAAGACCUCAAUGAAACCCCAGCCCGGCCGAGAAUCCUCACGGAAGAGAGAAAAAACACAUGUCCUGAGUGUGGGAAAAACUUCAGUAACCGCUCAGGCCUUAUUAACCAUGAGAGAAUCCACACAGGGGAGAGACCCUAUGAAUGCCGUGAGUGCGGGAAAAGCUUCCCUCGGAGCUCAGCCCUCAUCGUACAUCAGAGAAUGCACACGGGAGAGCGACCCUAUGAAUGCUGUGAGUGCGGGAAAAGCUUCAGUAACCACUCAGACCUCAUUCGACACCAGAGGACUCACACAGGGGAGCGGCCCUAUGAAUGCAGCGAGUGUCGGAAAACCUUCAGUUACCGCUUGGCCCUUACUGAACAUCAGCGAAUCCACACGGGGGAAAGACCCUACGAAUGUUGUGAGUGUGGGAAAAGCUUCAGUUACCGCUCAGAUCUUAUUAGACAUCAGAAAACCCACACGGGAGAGAGACCGUACGAAUGCUGCGAGUGUGGGAAAAACUUCACUGACAGAUCAGCCCUUAUUAACCAUCAGAGAAUUCAUGUGGGAGAGAGACCCUACGCAUGCUGCGAGUGCGGGAAAAGCUUCCGUUUCCGCUCAGACCUCACUACGCAUCAGCGAACCCACACCGGAGAGCGACCCUACGCAUGCAGCGAGUGCGGGAAAACCUUCAGGCAGAGCUCACACCGCAUUCGACAUCAGAAAAUCCACACGGGCGAGAGACCCUAUAAAUGCUGUGAGUGCGGGAAAAGCUUUGCUGACAGUUCAGUCCUUAUUACGCAUCAGAGAAUCCACACGGGUGAGAGACCCUAUAAAUGCUGCGAGUGCGGGAAAACCUUUGCUGACAGCUCGGCCCUCAUUAGACAUCAGCGGAUCCAUACAGACGAGAGACCCUAUAAAUGCUGCGAGUGCGGGAAAGGUUUCCAUCAGAGCUCAACCCUAACUAAACACCAGAGAAUCCACACGGCGGAGAGACCCUAUGAGUGCGGGAAAACCUGCCCUCUGAGCUCACGGCUCAUUGCGCAUCAGAGGCUCCACACAGGAGAGAGACCCUCUGAAUGCUCUGAGUGCGGGAAAACCUUCACUCGGAGUUCGUCCCUCGUUGCACAUCAGAGGAUCCACACGGGAGAGAGACCCUAUGAAUGCAGUGAGUGCGGGAAAACCUUCAGUAGCCGCUCAGGCCUUUUUGACCAUAAGAGAAGCCACAGCGGGGAGAGACCCUAUGAAUGCUGGGAGUGCGGGAAAACCUUCACCCGGCGCUCACACCUGAUUACGCAUCGGCGAAUCCACACCGGCGAGCGCCCCUAUGAAUGCCGCGAGUGCGGGAAAACCUUCUCUCAGCUGUCAGUCCUAAUUAGACACAAGAGAACCCACACGGGAGAGCGCCCCUAUGAGUGCUGCCAGUGCGGGAAAAGCUUCACUCAGAGCUCAUCCCUUAUCACACAUCAGAGAAUCCACACGGGGGAGAGACCCUACGAAUGCCGCGAGUGCGGGAAAAGCUUCGCUCGAAUCGCCGCUCUUGUUACGCACCAAAGCGCGCACGCGGGAGAGCGCCCCCUUCUGAGUGCGGGAAACGCUUCGCUCGGGGCUCAACGCUCAUUAGACAUGAGAGGGUCCGCACAGGAGAGAGACCCUGUGAGUGCGGGAACACCUUCACCUGGCGUAUUGCACAUCAGAGAAUCCAUGCAGGCGAGUGCCCCUAUCCAUGCUGCUAGUGCAGGGGAAGCCUCUCUCAGCGCUCAGCCCUUCCUGCACGUCGGAGGAUCCACACAGGCGAGAGACCCCGGAGAUGCUUCUUGGGAGAAAAGCUUCCCUCAGCGCUCAGCCCUUAUUUAUCCCCCGAGAAUGCCCCAGGGAGAUCGACGUUGCACAAACCUCGUCGAGAGCCAACAAAACAUUGAUUUUCUGUAAUACUUUCGCUGAUUCCCACAUCGUGGCCCGUCAGGCUGUUUGAAGCUUUUGCCUCACCGUGGUCUCUCAAAUCUACCGCUGGCUUUCAAAGCUCGCCGUUCUUUGGGGUGAGUCCUCUUGCUCUGUCAACUCCUUUGUGUUACAAGUCUUGUGUCCCCCUCCUGGCAGGAAUGUCCCGCAGCCCCAGGUUGGGGCGUUAGGACUGACAGGAGUGAACUCCACUGCCGUAAAAUCUACCCGGUACGGCCGUGUGAAAACACAACUAUUCCUUCAGUAAAAACAUGGUCGGUGUGUAAUGGCUGCGUUAUCUAGCACACUUCCUCAUGGCCUGACCUAACCUCGCUCAGUUCUCCUCGUCUAAACAAUCCCGGCGCAUCACGUUUGUACUAAAACAACGAGGAGUCUGGUGGCACCUUAAAGACUAACAGAUUUAUUUGGGCAUACGCUUUCGUGGGUUAAAAAACCCCACUUCUUCAGAUGCAUCGGGCUGCAGGGUGCUUUGGGAAGGGUUUGCAGUGUCUCAUGGAGCAGGCAGAUUUAUACUGUUCCUCUCACUGCAAGGUAAUUGUUACAGUCACUUAAUUCCCUCUUCGUGGACAGAUUGUCCCAUUGUUCUCACGCUGCCUUGGGUUGUGCUGAAUGCGGGGAGGGGGGUGCAUUGCUUCUCUUCUUCAAAAUAUAUUUAAAUAUAACAAAGACCAGGAGCAGGAAAGAAAGUGUUGUUUCGGCCUCUGUGACACAAGACAGAGAGGCGCUGACACCGCUUUCCUGAACACCCCAGAAGUGUUUUCUUCCUGAGCCAUGGUGAGUUUUUCACAUUCUACUCUGCCACCUCCCGAAGUGUCACGUGAUGCAGCGGUCUCAGCUCUCUGUCCUUGGCAACUGCCCUUUGCUUCUAAAUUUGGGCUCGUCUACAUUUAAAAACACUGAUGUAGCUCCUCGGCGAAGACGCAGCCUGCACCGAUGGGAGGGCUUCUCCCCUCGGCGUAUACCUCCCUUAGGUAUGUCUACACUGGCAGGUUUCUGAGCCACGAGUUACACCACUUUUAUUAAACCGCUGGAAUUAAACCGCUGUUGCGUGUCCACACUGGAGCGCAGCCACAUUGGCAGCUCUUGCAACGGCACAGACCGCAGUGCAUUGUGGUCGCUCUCCCACUGUGCAACAGGCCGCAGGGUGCUUUGGGAAGGGUUUGCAAUGCCUUGCGGGGCAGGCAUGGCGUCACAUAAGGCAGGUGUCCCAAUCCCAUUGUUCCACGGGCAUCCUACUACACUGACAGCUGCUUUUCAACUGAAGGGUGGGGGAGAGUGUGUGACAGGGAGUGUGUGUGUGUGUAUGGGGAGGGGAGAGAGACAGUGUGUUGGCGGGACAGAGUGUGUGUCAGCAUGGUGUCUGGUAAGUUCAGACAGCGGCAGGAAGCAGCCAGUCCUGAGGCAAGGGGAGACCCGCCCUCAGCCCCCGCCUCCCUCCCUGGGCUCUCUGCAUAGCGCACACACACACACACACACACACACACACACACACCCUCUGUGUUCAGCAGCAGCAGCAUUCCACAUGAGAGGUUUGAUUUGCGUCCCGGAGCAGAUCAGCACAGCACGCAAAAGCGCUGUGAAAGGAGAGGGGCGCAUGUCUCCAGGGACAGCCGAGUUGGAAACAAUGAGCAGAGCGGUCACUUGAGGCCUUACGGGACAGCUCCGGAGGCCAAGGACAGCGCAGGAAGCAGGCGAGUGUCAAUGGAGCGCCGGAGGCCGCUGCACAAAGAGCUGGACGACCCUCGUUGAGGUGGGGUUCUUUGCAGGGCUGCCGCUGAGGAGUUUCUGCGCACAAAGUGGCUUGGCAGCGUCUGCACGGCUGCAGUUUGAGCGCUAAAAGCUGCUUUACUGCGCAGAAACUUGCCCGUGUAGCCAAGCCCUAAGAGGUGAUCGUUAGGUUGACAGGAACAUUCUUCCGUUGACCCAGUGCGAUCUACGCUGGGGGUUAGGUUGGUUUAAUUGCUUCACUCAAGGGUGUGGAUUUUCCACACCCCUGAGCGAUGGAGUUACACUGACUUAAUUUCCUACCGUAGACCAGACCUUGGACUCAUUAAGGCUGGAGAUGAAAGCGUCACAGGCCCGGGAGAUGAGUUUAAAUGGAUCCCAAUCUCAGUGAUCCUUCAGAGUAUAAACCCCAGUGUCUGUCUACUGGCAAAGCCACUUCUGGACUGCUGGGUGUUGUUUGCAGACGGGAAGGUCGGGUGUUUUUCUCCACUACAAUGCUGCUAACUUUUGUAAAUAAGAUGAUUCAAUAAGUGCUGAGAGACGUAGAUUUGAAUGGAUCAGAGGAGACUGCGAUGGGAGAAUCUCUUCUCCUGAUUCUGAGUCGUAUCUAUAACCUGCUCUGGAACUUCAUUUUAUAUGAAACUGAAAGUGUCUCAUACUUCUCUGUGAUGUGGGUUUUUCUCUUUUGUUCUGAAGUCUAUAUGUUCCCAUAAUUGGAUAUUGGUUUCGUUUGACUGAAUGAAGCUCAGAUUUAUUAGGGACUUUAACCAAUAACCAUUUACUAAAAAUAACAAUUUCUUAUGUUGUUUUUGCUCUUCUCCUGCACCUCCCUGAUGACAUGGAGGAAAGUCAAGUGCCGUUCGGUCAAUAGGAGAGAAUACUGCAUGCUAGUGGGCAUGCUCCCAAGGAAAUCUCCAAUCUGAAAUGGUGAACAGCACACCCCAAACUGUGCAACUAACAAAAGUAAACUGCAUACGAUUAGAGUGUUGCUCAGUUCUUUAGGUAAAUAUUGUCUCAGAUGCCCCAAGGAGAGAAUUCCUCAGUAAGCGAUUUGGAACUUGGCAAAAUACCGUUGUAUUUGAUUCCCAAAGUAGUUAUGGCCUAGGUCCUUCAAGAAUGUACUCCGUAAUAUAUCUCCUGGCUAAUCCUAGGAUAUGGGGAAUGAUGUCCCUAUCUAUGUAGAUGUGGAGGACGUAGAAAUUGCAUUUUUUUCUGAACACAUCUUUUGUAGAUGCUGCAAACGUGUACCAAUGAAAUCAGUGUUGAAUGUGAGAGAGCUGCAGAACGUCUGUUUUUUACUAGCUCCCCCACCUUUGGUGGUUUACAGGGAUUCGGAUCCAGGCCUGUUUCUAGUCCGGAAUUAAGACCUGGGCCACCACAUUAAAAAAACAAAUUGGGCAUGUUUGGGGAACAUUCCUCAUUAUGGCUACUGAAAAGUGCCUGGUUUGGUAGAGGAGUUUACUUCAGGGAAGUGUACGUUUUCCUUCCCGAAGGCCAAGGAUUUGGCAACAAUUUCAGUCUUAGUAGCAGGUACACCGUGGAUGGUUUUCACCCCAGAGAAGGACACCAGGCCCUGAUAAAAUGGCUUUUAUAACACAGCUCCCUUGUUCAGUGGAAUUGAUUGUGGUCCCAAAGGAUGCUAUGAUUAAACCGGAAACAAUUAUCCUUUAUCAUUUGGAUCCAACCUUUCAUGAGGCUUAGAGAGAAGUGGUGCCUUUGGCAAUAAAGGAACUGCAUUUGGCAUAAUUUGCAGCCAUCUUGUGCACUUAGAAAGAAGCAAGAACCCCAGAGGAAGAAGUUGGCCUUGCUUAGGCAGACAGGACAACGCCAGCUGCAAGCUGCAGUUUUACUAAGUCAAAAUAAUAAAGUGAAAGGACAAAUUCAUAAGAAGGGGGGAAACGUAAAAAACUGACCUGGGAUCUGGUUGUCUGUGUUGGUACGUUCUUUUGCUAAAGCUGCUUUGCUCUUAAGGAGAAUAAUGCUAGAAAAAUUGAUAGCCUGGUAGGGGCUAUGAUAAGUUAUGUGCUGUGUCAAAAGAAAAUCUUUACAAAGUUUAGUUAGAAAGUGUGCACUGAAGCAGUCCAAGGUGCUUUUCUUUGGGCAAGGAUCUGGCACCUAAAGUGCUCAGCAACUGGACAGAAGGCGGGGCCCUGGCAGGCUGGCUGUGGAUUCCUCAAAAGCAUUUCCAACAUCAAUGUUUUGACUGCUCGACCAGCUACUGCUGCAGCAUAGAUACGUGUGUGUGCUUCAAAGCGAAUAAAGGCAGUUUUAAAUAAAAGCGCUUCUGCUUGUGCCAAUCCUUUUAUCAAAUGGAGGAGCUGCGUCCCCGCUGAUUUAUUUCUGACAUCACCUGAAGAAAACCCGUUAAGUUGCCAUUGCUUUGGGUUCUGAAAAACCUGGGUAACAGAUUUGGCAAACCGGUUGCCAGGAGUGGUGGAGAGGAGGGGACGAUUGGUACAAACGGUUUGUUUGUUUGCUGUGCGAGAAGGGAGGAUGGGGGGCAGGGUUGCAACCUGUAAUUUCCCCGUUUCAGAGUCCACAUGUCAAUGUAGGGAUACGUUCCGUUACUGGGAGUCAGGGCCCAGGUCUGGUAGCCUGGUUGAGUAAGAAAUUAUGUCAGGAGGAAAGGGAACAUCUGGAAAGAAAGAACAGCAGAAAAUGAUUUUGCAGGGCAGCUUGACGGAUUUUGUAUAGGAAGCUUCACCGGCCCCAAGACAUUCCUGCAACGCAAGACAGUAGUUGUCAUAAAUAUAGGGGGAAAGGUAACAACCUUUAUGUAUGCAGCAGCAUAAAAUCCCACCGUGGCAGCGGGACUGAAUCGCUUUACCUGUACGGGGUUAAGCAGUUCAUAGAACCUAGUUGGCAGCUGACCAGAAGGAUCGAUGAGGAAAGAAGAUACUUUAAAAUCUAGGAGGGGAGGGAGGAUUUCUUGUUUUGUCCCCUCUCCGGAUGGAGGGAGAAGCCAAGCAGGUACAAUAUCUCCUGAAAAUAUACCUGGAAUAAUCCAUCUAAACCCACAGAAAUUGUAAGUAGGGCAAAGAAAUGCGUCAGGUUAUCUUUUGUUUUGGCUUGUGAAUUUUCCUGUGCUGCAGAGGUAGU